AGGACUCCGGACCAUGACUACGGUAUAUGAUAUGGCGGGAACACACACCACCUAAUCCCCAAGUUUUGGCGGGAAAACCCUAACUCUAUUUAACCACCGCUUUUAGGUUUAGCGCGAACGAUCGGAAUCGACACAGACAGAGUGAAAGAAAGAGAGAGUCAGAAUCAGAAUCAGAAUCAGAAUCAGAAAAAUGGUGGGAUUAGCGUACGAUCUGCUAGCAAAUCCUCAGGGAGCCGUCCGAUCAACAUUCGAGAAAGCAGUAGCCUCAUCAGGAUUGGAUUUCGAUCCAGCCUCACUGGACGGCAAGGACUGGGGCGCACUCGAUCUUUUCCGCCAAUUCCUCUCCGACCAAACCCACCUCUCUCAGGUUCCGAUUCUGAAUGGUGAAACUAUCAAAUGGGUUCAGCCCAAUACGUUGGUUCGUUUCCGAGGAAUGAUACAAGACAUGUUGGGUAAUGAAUUUUACGUUGGUGCUUUUAAGGAUGGUGAUGUUUGGAGAACCAACAAGUUUAUGGAUGUUUCUCACUUCCCUAUGCCUAUGGCUGCUACUUCUUCCCCUCAUAUGCGAGUUUGGGAACGCCGUUUACUUUAUUGCGUUCCUGUUCCGGGGCGGAAUUCUUGGACUGAACCAUCGUCUGAAUUGGUGGUAAAUCGAUGUGUGGAUUGCUCAUCCCAACAGAGAGAGAAGCGUCGGAGAAUGGAUGAUGAACCCGUUGAUCACAUGGAUAUGCUUGUCUCAGAUGAGGGAUUUCAAGGUUCCCCUAGUACCAAAAAGAUGAAAGAGGAUGGACACCCUUCCAUGUCUUCUCAGACUACGGAGCCUAUAAAUGAAGGCAUUUGCUCUCAUAUGAGUAUGGUACCCAGCAUUGACAGUGAUUCUCUUCCUUGUCUUGUUAAGAUAUAUGAUUCUCCAGAGUCUGACUUGAAACUGAAUGAUGUUUUUGAGUUCAUUGGAGUCCUCACAUUUGAUUCAGAGGUUUCAAUGGACAAGGAUGACCAGGAUGAGUUAUCUAAUGGUUUUAGUGAAGAUGUCUUGGUCCAUUUACCCCCUAACAAGGUGCCACGCCUCCAUUGUCUUAUUCACAGGAAGCUCACAGUUCCUGACUUUCUUCAUAGUUCCCCUAUUAUGGAGCUAAAGCCCCAUGUGGUUAAGGAAAUAAGGGAUGCUCUGUUGAGGCAUCUUACAGCUGUCCUGGGUGAUGAUAGUGUUGCUGCUCAUUUCAUGUUGUUGCAUCUUCUGUCCAGGGUGCAUACUAGAGUAGAAAAUAUUGCUGUGGGAAAGCUUUCACUAAAUCUCACUGGUUUUAGCAAAGAAAGUGUGUCUCUGUUUGGCCAUCGACUUAGCCUUGCUGUUAAAGACCUCCUACCUGUCACACAUUGCAUACCCCUUUCAGUGGAGUAUCUUAACUCUGCCUCACUUGCCCCAAUAAAGGAUUAUGAGACAAACAGGCUGAUUACUGGAGUUCUGCAGCUAGCUGAGGGUUCACACUUAAUCAUUGAUGAGACCCAAUUGAAAGCAGGGACCCUCAACUCUGUUGGAGUGGAUAAUACAAGGUUGUUAAAAAAUCUGAUGGAGCUGCAGAAGGUGGAAUAUGAUUUUAAGUACUAUAAAAUGGAGAUGGCAGCUGAUGUCCAGUUGCUAAUUAUUUCUGAGGGGAAAUCAAACAUCUUGCCAGCUGAUAUAGUUAUACCAUUCCAGCCUACUUCAGUGGAUUCCUCUGAAGUAGUGGCUGCAGAAGCACUAGAAGCUUGGAGAUGGUAUUUGGCUACUGUUAAAUCAUUGCCACAUUCUAUUGAAUCAGAAAUGCAGAAGGUGGUAGAAAAUGACUUGGUUGAAGCAAGGCAAUCUGAUCGGAGCAUAGGGAGCCAAGAUUUUAACAGAUGGCUGACAAUGGGCCGGCUGAUGUCUGUUAGUUUUGGUGAAAACUGCCUGUCAUUGGAACACUGGCAGAUGGUAAAGGAACUGGAGAGACUACGCACAGAGAGGCUCAAAUAAUGCACAUGACUUACUUAUUGAUAAUGGUUUGAACUGGUGUAAAUUGUAGCUCUGAUCUGUGGAUCAGGUUAAGUUUGUCGAAAGUUUAUGUAUGAAAAUGUAACUUCCCAUUUAGUAGUAGCAUGCUGCUAUUUAAUCAAUAUCAACAUUGCUUUAAAACUGCA